AUGUCUUCUCAACCACCUCACUCGACCCUCCUCAUCCCCGGGCCCAUCGAAUUCGACGAUGCCGUCCUCCAGGCCAUGAGCCACUACAGUGAGAGCCAUGUCGGUCCCGGUUUCGUAAAUACCUUUGGUGAGGCGCUGUCCAUGCUGCGCCAGCUCUUCAUCACCAAGGACCCCUCAGCGCAACCCUUUGUCAUCUCUGGCUCCGGUACCCUCGGCUGGGACUUGGUCGCCGCAAACCUCGUCGAGGCCGGCGAGGAUGUCCUCGUCCUCGCCACUGGCUACUUCAGCAACGGUUUCACGGACUGCUUCAAGACCUACGGUGCCAACGUCACCGAGCUGAGAGCCCCUGUCGGAUCCCGCCCCCAGCUCCCCGAGAUCGAGAAGGCCUUGUCCGAGAAGAAGUACAAGGUCCUGACCGUCACUCACGUCGACACUUCGACCGCUGUGUUGAGCGAGCUCAAGGAGUUGACCGCCCUGGUCAAGAAGGUCUCCCCCGAGACCCUCGUCAUCGUCGACGGCGUAUGCAGUGUCGGUGUCGAGGAGAUACAGUUUGACGAGUGGAAGCUCGACGGUGUCAUCACGGCCAGCCAGAAGGCCAUUGGCGUCCCCGCCGGUCUGUCGAUUUCCAUGUUCAGCGGCGCGGCUAUGAAGGCAUUUGCCCAGCGCAAGACCCCUCCUGCGUCGUACUUUGCUUCCUUCAAGAACUGGACCCCUGUGAUGCAAAACUACGAGGCAAAGAAGCCCUCCUACUUCGCGACGCCCUCUCCCCAGCUGAUCCACGCCCUCCACACCGGUCUCACCCAGAUUCUCUCGAAGCCCCUGUCCGAGCGGUUUGCCAGGCACAAGGAGGUCUCCGACAAGGUCAAGAAGGCCGUCGCGGACCUGGGACUCAAGCAGGUCGCCGCCAACCCUGAUGACCAGGCCCACGGCAUGACUGCUAUUUAUCUCCCCGAGAGCGUCAAGGCGACCGACGUCCUGCCUAGCCUCGCCAAGAAGGGCAUCAUCUUUGCCGGCGGUAUUCACAAGGAGAUUGCGCCCAAGUACAUCCGUUUCGGACACAUGGGCGUCAGUGUGACGGACCCCAACCGAAAGGAUAUCGACAACGCGAUCAAGGCUUUGCAAGACAGUUUGUUUGAGGUUGGCUACCAAAAGGAGUAG